AUGAGGAAUCGGGUUCAUGGAGCACUGUGGCCGAGCGGCUGCUACCAUUCGAACUGUUGCAUAACUGGGAGGGAGGGAGAGAUCUGGGAGGAGUUUGGAGGGAUCUGGGAGGAGUUUGGAGGGAUCUGGGAGGAGUUUGGAGAGAUCUGGGAGGAGUUUGGAGAAAGAAGGUAGCCAGGAAGGGAGGGACAGUGGGUAGAGAGAGAGAGCAAUGGGUGUGAAAAAGAAUAAGUAAACUAAGGAUAGAGAGUAACACCCAGGGAGGGAAUAGCUGUGUAAUGGAGCAGAGCGAGAGAGAAAGGAGAUAGGUAGAAAAAUGAGAAAUGGAGGGAGCGUUGGGAGAGGUGGGGAGCUGAGUUGAAAGCCUGCACUGCACUGACCCAACCAAACCCGUACUGUGACACUCCUAAAUAUGCAUGAGGCUGUCUUUGCCUGUUCUGAACCUGCAUAGACACCCUGCACACACGUUUCCUAGUGGUUAGGGAUGGCCAACCAGCCUGGAAUGUGUUCAAUAUUCUAUUUGUGUGGGAUUGAUUGAGUGGAACGAUGUGAGAGCGGGCGUGCGUGUGUGUGUGUGUUUCCUCCAUGGCCAGGCGGAGUGUAGCAGAAGGCCUGUUGAGGUGUGUGGAUGGAGGGGGCAGUAGGCAGAUCUAGUCACAGUGUUCUUCUCACUGCAGUCUUACGCCUGUCAAUGUCACAGGCAACUGGGGUGGAGGGUGAAGUUGCCCGUAGACACUGAUCUUGGGUCAGUUUUGCAUUUCACAUUUUCCCCACUAGUGGUUAAGGUUAGGAUUAGAGGAAGGGAAGCUGAUCCUAGAUCUGUACCUAGGGGAAACUACACCCCAGAGCGACAACUGGAUUCUCAUUCACAUGGAGCCACACCCAUCUAAUAACUAAGUUUCAAGUUUUUAAUGUCACAUGCAACCCAACAAUGCAGUAAUCCAUAUCAAUGUAGCACUAAAAAUAACAUAAGGUAGAACAAAAACACACAAGAAAUCUAAAUAAGAAAUGAGAACACAAGAAAGUAAAAAGCUAUAUACAGGGUCAGUUCCAAUACUAAAUCAAAUCAAAUUUUAUUGGUCACAUACACAUAGUUAGCAGAUGUUAUUUCGUGUGUAGCGAAAUGCUUGUGUUCCUAGCUCCAACAGUGCAGUAGUAUCUAACAAUACACAAAUCUAAAAGUAAAAUAAUGGAAUUAAGAAAUAUAUAAAUAUUAGAUCGAGCAAUGUCGGAGUGGCAUUGACCAAAAUACAGUAGAAUAGAAUACAGUAUAUACACUACCGUUCAAAAGUUUGGGGUCACUUAGAAAUGUCCUUGUUUUAGAAAAAAAAGCAUUUUUUUUGUCCAUUUAAAAUAACAUCAAAUUAAUCAGAACUACAGUGUAGACAUUGUUACUAUUGUAAAUGGCUAUUGUAGCUGGAAACGGCUGAUUUUUUAUGGAAUAUCUACAUAGAAAUUGCCAAGAAACUGAAGAUCUCGUACAACGCUGUGUACUACUCCCUUCAUUGAACAGUGCAAACUGGCUCUAACCAGAAUAGAAAGAGGAGUGGGAGGCCCCGGUGCACAACUGAGCAAGAGGACAAAUACAUUAGAGUGUCUAGUUUGAGAAACAGACGCCUCACAGGUCCUCAACUGGCAGCUUCAUUAAAUAGUACCCCGCAAAACACCAGUCUCAACGUCAACAGUGAAGAGGCGACUCCGGGAUGCUGACCUUCUAGGCAGAGUUGCAAAGAAAAAGCCAUAUCUCAGACUAGCCAAUAAAAAUAAAAGAUUAAGAUGGGUAAAAGAACACAGACACUGGACAGAGGAAGAUUGGAAAAAAGUGUUAUGGACAGACGAAUCAAAGUUUGAGGUGUUCGGAUCACAAAUAAGAGCAUUUGUGAGAUGCAGAUGAAAAGAUACUGGAGGAGUGCUUGAUGCCAAUGUGAUGGUCUGGGGGUGCUUUGGUGGUGGUAAAGUGGGAGAUUUGUACAGGGUAAAAGGGAUCUUGAAGAAGGAAGGCUAUCACUCCAUUUUGCAACGCCAUGCCAUACCCUGUGGACGGCGCUUGAUUGAAGCCAAUUUCCUCCUACAACAGGACAAUGACCCAAAGCACAGCUCCAAACUAUGCAAUAACUAUUUAGGGAAGAAGCAUUCAGCUGGUAUUCUGUCUAUAAUGGAGUGGCCAGCACAGUCACCGGAUCUCAACCCUAUUGAGCUGUUGUGGGAGCAGCUUGACCGUAUGGUAUGUAAGAAGUGCCCAUCAAGCCAAUCCAACUUGUUGGAGGUGCUUCAGGACAAUUACUACAUUUCCCAUUCAUUUAGCUAUAUUUCCUAUUCAAACUAAUUUCAUGUAUGUUUUCAUGGAAAACAAGGACAUUUCUAAGUGACCCCAAACUUUUGAACGGUAGUGUACAUAUGAGAUGAGUAAAGCAGUAUGUAAACAUUAUUAGUGACUAGUGUUCCAUUAUUAAAGUGGCCAGUGAUUCCAGGUCUAUGUAUAUAGGGCAGCAGCCUCUAAGGUGCAGGGUUGCGUAACUGGGUGGAAGCAUGCUAGUGAUGGAUAUUUAACAGUCUGAUGGCCUUGAGAUAGAAGCUGUUUUUCAGUCUCUCGGUCCCAGCUUUGAUGCACCUGUAUUGACCUCGCCUUCUGGAUGAUAGUGGGUAUGAACAGGCCGUGUCCUUGAUUAUCUUUUUGGCCUUUCUGUGACAUCGGGUGCUGUAGGUGUCCUGGAGGGCAGGUAGUUUGCCCCCGGUGAUGUGUUGGGCAGACUGCACCACCCUCUGGAGAGCCCUGCGGUUGCGGGCGGUGCAGUUGCCGUACCAGGCGGUGAUACAGCCCGACAAGAUGCUCUCAAUUGUGCAUCUGUAAAAGUUUGUGAGGGUUUAGGCCAAAUUUCUUCAGCCUCCUAAGGUUGAAGAUGCACUGUUGCUCCUUCUUCACCACACUGUCUGUGUGGGUGGACCAUUUCAGAUUGUCAGUGAUGUGUAUGCCGAGGAACUUGAAGCUUUCUACCUUCUCCACUGCGGUCCCGUCAAUGUGGAUGGGGCGUGCUCCUUCUGCUGUUCCCUGAAGUCCACGAUCAGCUCAUUUGUUUUGUUGACGUUGAGUGAGAGGGAGCUGAGUACACACCCUUGUGGGGCCCCAGUGUUGAGGAUCAGCGAAGUGGAGGUGUUGUUUCCUACCUUCACCACCUGGGGGUGGCCCGUCAGGAAGUCCAGGACCCAGUUGCACAGGCGGGGUUCAGACCCAUGGCCCGAGCUUAAUGAUGAGCUUGGAUGGUACUAUGGUGUUGAAUGCUGAGCUAUAGUCAAUGAACAGCAUUCUUACAUUUACAUUUUAGUCAUUUAGCAGACGCUCUUAUCCAGAGCGACUUACAGUUAGUGAAUACAUAUUUUUUUUAGUAUUAUUAUUAUUUAUUUUUUACAUAGGUAUUCCUCUUGUCCAGAUGGGAUAGGGUAGUGUGCAGUGCGAUGGCGAUUGCAUCGUCUGUGGAUCUAUUGGAGCUCGGCCCCAGUGAUGUCCUGGGCUGUCCGCACCACCCUCUGUGGCGCCAUGCGAUCGAGGGCGGUGCUGUUGCCAUACCAAGCAGUGAUGCAGCCAGUCAACAUGCUCUCAAUGGUUCAGCUGUAUAAUUUUUGUAGGAUUUGAGGGCCCAUGCCAAACCUUUUCAUCCUCCUGAGCGGGAAGAGGCGCUGUUGCGCCUUCUUCACGACUGUGCGCGUUUGAGUGGACCAUUGAAGCUCUCGACCCCCUCCACUGCAGCCCUGUCGAUGUGGGGCGUUUCCUCUAGUCCACGAUCAGCUCCUUGGUCUUACAGACGUUGAGGGAGAGGUUGUUGUUCUGGCACCACACUGCCAGGUCACUGACCUCCUCCCUGUAGGCUGUCUCAUCGUCGCCGGUGAUCAGGCCUACCAAUGUCGUGACGUAAGCAAAGUUGAUGAUAGUGUUGGAGUUGUGCGUGGCUACGCAGUCGUGGGUGAACAUGGAAUACAAGAGGGGACUAAGCACAGACCCCUGUGGAGCCCCCGUGUUGAGGGUCAGCAUGGCAGAGGUGAUGUUGCCUACCCUCACCACCUGGGGGCGACCCGUCAGGAAGUCAGAAUCCAGUUGCAGAGGGAGUUGUUCAAUGCCAGGGUCCUAAGCUUGGUGACGAGCUUGGAGGGUACAAUGGUGUUGAACGCUGAGCUGUAGUCAAUGAACAUCAUUCUCACAUAGGUAUUCCUCUAUCUAGGUGGGUGAGGGCAGUGUGGAGUGCAAUUAAGAUUGCGUCAUCUAUGGAUCUGUUAGGGUGGUAUGCAAAUCGGAGUGGGUCUAGGGUGUCUGGGAUGAUGGAGUUGAUGUGGGCCAUAACCAGCCUUUCGAAGCACUUCAUGAUUACAUAUGUCAGUGCUACAGGGUGGUAGUCAUUGUGCCAUGAAGCCUUAGAGUUCUUGCGAACAGGAAUGAUGGUGGUCAUCUUAAGACGUGGGGAUUACAGACUGGGACAAGGAGAGGUUGAAAAUGACCGUGAAUAUGGCUGCAAGCUGAUCUGCAUUUCCUUGAGAACGCGCCCUGGAAUAUUGUCCGGCCCCCUGGCCUAGCGUUUGUUGACCUGAUUAAAGACCUUACUCACGUCGGCCUCGGAGAGCGAGAUCACCGAGUCCUCUGGGUCGGUGAGGGCCCUCACGCACAGUACAGUCUUGUUAUUGUCAAGGCGUGAAUAAAAUGCAGUGAGUUCAUCUGGUAGAGAGGCAUCGUUGGGCAGAUCACAGCUGGGUCUUCCUUUGUCAUCCGUAAUGGACUGUAGCCCCUACCACAUGGUGACUCUGCGGAGGUCGUAGCGGGAUUUCUUGUACUUGUUCCUGUCCUAACACCUUUCGUUACUCACUUUUCCAUUCUUAGAUCAAGGUGAAACAACCCCAUAAUAUAGAGGUAAAAAAGGCCUUGAUAUACAGUGGCUUGCGAAAGUAUUCACCCCCCUUGGCAUUUUUCCUAUUUUGUUGCCUUACAACCUGGAAUUAAAAUAAAUUUUAGUCUCAUCUGACCAGAGUACCUUCUUCCAUAUGUUUGGGGAGUCUCCCACAUGCCUUUUGGCGAACACCAAACGUGUUUGCCUAUUUUUUUCUUUAAGUAAUGGCUUAAAGUGGUCCUAUGGACAGAUACUCCAAUCUCCGCUGUGGAGCUUUGCUGCUCCUUCAGGGUUAUCUUUGGUCUCUUUGUUGCCCCUCUGAUUAAUGCCCUCCUUGCCUGGUCUGUGAGUUUUGGUGAGUGGCCCUCUCUUGGCAGGUUUGUUGUGGUGCCAUAUUCUUUCCAUUUUUUAAUAAUGGAUUUAAUGGUGCUCCGUGGGAUGUUCAAAGUUUCAGAUAUUUUUUUAUAACCCAACCCUGAUCUGUACUUCUCCACAACUUUGUCCCUGACCUGUUUGGAGAGCUCCUUGGUCUUCAUGGUGCCGCUUGCUUGGAGGUGCCUCUUGCUUAGUGGUGUUGCAGACUCUGGGGCCUUUCAGAACAGGUGUAUAUAUACUGAGAUCAUGUGACAGAUCAUGUGACACUUAGAUUGCACACAGGUGGACUUUAUUUAACUAAUUAUGUGACUUCUGAAGGUAAUUGGUUGCACCAGAUCUUAUUUAGGGGCUUCAUAGCAAAGGGGGGGAAUACAUAUGCACGCACCACUUUUCCAUUAUUAAUUUUUUAGAAUUCUUUGAAACAAGUUAUUUUCUUCAUUUCACUUCAACAAUUUGGACUAUUUUGUGUAUGUCCAUUACAUGAAAUCCAAAUAAAAAUCAAUUUAAAUUACAGGUUGGAAUGCAACAAAAUAAGAAAAACGCCAAGGGGGAUGAAUACUUUUGCAAGGCACUGUAGAGAGAUAGUAGAUAUUUUGAUUUUUUUUCAUGUUCUUUUUUCAAGGGGAACAUGUCUUAGUAGCACACCUGAAGUAUUGGCUUACACCUUCCUCAGUGUGUCUGCUGUUCACUGAUGUUUCCAUUCCAUGUAGUACAGGUAACAACCUAACAGAGGGUGUCUAGACUGCUGCUUUACUCCGUAUCAGUCACUGGCUGGCAAUGAAACCCUACACUGCUCUCACAGUGUUGUUACCUCUGCUGCCUCUCUCAGCCAAGCCGUGUGUGUGUGUGUGUGUGUGUGUGUGUGUUACUGUGAUAUUUGGUUGUCUCAGCUACCUUAAGAUGAACACACUAAUUGUGAUUGGUCUCGAUAAGAGCGUCUGUUAGAUGACUAAAAUGUAAAAUGUGUGUGUGUGUGCGUGCGUAUGUGUUCACUGACCUCUGCGUAGUGGAUGCUGUGCCUCAGAGCGAUGGUGUAGUGCUCCAGGGAUCCUGUGUCUGAUCCCCUGAGAAACUGUCCUCUGCUCCCAGUUUCAUCUCUCCGUGCAUCACAGCCUGCCUAAGCCUUUUUACACACCAGACCCACGGGCCCCUUAACCCCAAACACACACACACACACACACACACACACACACACACAGGCCUUUGUAUAUUUUUACACAUGCAGACACACUCUCAAAUAUAAACAUACAAACAAGCAUGGGCCAGUGGUGAGAAAGCUGUGACUUACAGGGUUUGCUAAUGUGACACAUUGACGCAAAUUAAAGACAUAUUCCACCCAAAAACUAUCUUUUGGUAUUUAUUUCAUUAGUCCAUUGUUGAUAUAGUCCCAAAAUGUUUUGCAUGUCAGCAAUCAAGUUUUCAAAUUAUUUAUCUUUCAAAAUACAGUACCAGUCAAAAGUUUGGACACACCUACUCAUUCAAGGGUUUUUCUUUAUUUUUACUAUUUUCUAUUUUCUACAGAAUGCCAAGAGUGUGCAAAGCUGUCAUCAAGGCAAAGGGUGGCUAUUUGAAGAAUCUCAAAUAUACACUUUUUUGGUUACUACAUGAUUCCAUAUGUGUUAUUUCAUAGUUUUGAUGUAUUCACUAUUAUUCUACAAUGUAGAAAAUAGUAAAAAUAAAGAAAAACCCUUGAAUGAGUGGGUGUGUCCAAACUUUUGACUGGUAGUGUACAUAAAUACACCCGGGAUUAUGCAUUUUGCAUCAUAUGAUGCAAAAUGCAUCAUUCUGGCUGUAUUUAUGUAUUUUGAAAAUUAAAUAUCUUGAAAACUUGAUUGCUGACAUGCAAAACAUUUUGCACUAAUGAAACAAAUACCAAAAUAUAGUUUCUGGGUGGAAUUGUCCUUGAAGUGAAGAACUGUUAGAUAAGGAUAGACCGUAGUAACUUUUACUGCUCUCUCUAUCACACUACUAACUGACUCACGUAGACCUACAGUACAUGACUGACUGUGUGUCUCAGGAAGACAAAGACAUAGGGAAAAGUAGGGAGGGAGCACAGAUAAAGUCUAGAUAGACAGCUACUACUCCCUCAGUUCCUCUGCAUCUCUCAGAGUUCGGUCACUCCCUCCGCUACUCACAUAGACUAAGGUUAAGGUACAGUAUCAUUUGUUUUGGCCCAGCUAAACACCUGCUGCCCAGUGGCUUUGACAGCUCUAGGACUUAUGAACAGAGAUGUAAUAUUCCAAAGGAAACACACUGUUUGUUGUAGCUUUUAAACAAGACCUGAAAUUGUUUGUUUAGGCCUGUAGCAAUAUUGGCUCGAUCUGUAGCAACAGGGACAUACAAUGUAUGUGACGAGAGGAGCAGGAGUUGGUGGAGGGGGGGGGGGGGUGGAUAGCCAAUCUGAAUAGCCGGCUGCCCGUCGUCUCGUGUGUCCGAUGAAUGGAUGCCAUUUUUAGCCGCUACUGUCUGUCAGGGCUGGGAUGAAGUGCAUCUACGUCAAUGGAACAAUAAUAAGCCUAUGAAUCUUUCAAACAGCCUAUUUAUGGGACCUUGGAUAGGUCGGAGUGGUAGGACAGGGCUGCAGGUCUGGUCUGUUCAUGUCUGGCCGUAUCAAUAUCACCUUCAGAGAAGCACGGGAGCCUAACAAACUUUCACUCUCUCUCUCUGCUGGGUAGGUCCACCUCAAAAAGCACGAGAAAGAGGAUUUCGACACCAGAUUGUUCUGAAAUAAUUUCUGUUGUUAGAAACAUAAAUUAUUUGUUGUUAGUAACAUUAUUUAGUUGAAAUGUAAUUUGAUCUCUGAGAAAUUUAAGCUAAUUGAUUGCAUCCAAAUUGGCCAUUUUAAUUUGAAGGAUUCAGAUAAUAUUCAAUAAAAUAGUACCAUCCGAUAUGGACCAAAGUGUUUUCUAACAAUGACUUAGACAUGAGGAAUCCCACCACAGCAAUGAGUGUCAGUUCUCUAUGUUUGACAAGUACUACGGAGCUGCGGCUUGGAGUAUUGUUUCUUCAUCCUACAGUGCCUUGCAAAAGUAUUCAUCCCCCUUGGUGUUUUUCCUAUUUUGUUGAAUUACAACCUGUAAUUUAAAUGGAUUUUUUUGGGAAUUCAUGUAAUGGACAUACACAAAAUAGUCCAAAUUGGUGAAGUGAACAUAAAAAAAUAACUUUUUUUCAAAAAAUUAUAAAAAAUUAAUAACGGAAAAGUGGUGCGUGCAUAUGUAUUCACCCCCUUUGCACCUCCAAGCAAGCGGCACCAUUAAGACCAAGGAGCUCUCCAAACAGGUCAGGACAAAGUUGUGGAGAAGUACAGAUCAGGGUUGGGUAAUAAAAAAAUAUCUGAAACUUUGAACAUCCCACGGAGCACCAUUAAAUCCAUUAUAAAAAAAUGGAAAGAAUAUGGCACCACAACAUACCUGCCAAGAGAGGGCCGCCCACCAAAACUCACGGACCAGGCAAGGAGGGCAUUAAUCAGAGAGGCAACAAAGUGACCAAAGAUAACCCUGAAGGAGCUGCAAAGCUCCACAGCGGAGAUUGGAGUAUCUGUCCAUAGGACCACUUUAAGCCGUACACUCCACAGAGCUGGGCUUUACGGAUGAGUGGCCAGAAAAAAGCCAUUGCUUAAAGAAAUAAAGAAGCAAACACGUUUGGUGUUCACCAAAAGGCAUGUGGGAGACUCCCCAAACAUAUGGAAGAAGGUACUCUUUUCAUUGGCAGGAACUGGGAAACUGGUCAGAAUUGAAGGAAUGAUGGAUGGCGCUAAAUACAGGGAAGUUCUUGAGGGAAACCUGUUUCAGUCUUCCAGAGAUUUGAGACUUGGAUGGCGGUUUACCUUCCAGCAGGACAAUGACCCUAAGUAUACUGCUAAAGCAACACUUGAGUGGUUUAAGGGGAAACAUUUAAAUGUCUUGGAAUGGCCUAGUCAAAGCCCAGUCCUCAAUCCAAUUGAGAAUCUGUGGUAUGACUGAAAGAUUGCUGUACACCAGCGGAACCCAUCCAACUUGAAGGAGCUGGAGCAGUUUUGCCUUGAAGAAUGGGCAAAAAUCCCAGUGGCUAGAUGUGCCAAGCUUAUAGAGACAUACCCCAAGAGACUUGCAGCUGUAAUUGCUGCAAAAGGUGGCUCUACAAAGUAUUGACUUUGGGGGGGUGAAUAGUUAUGCACACUCAAGUUUUCUUUUCUUUUUUUGUCUUAUUUCUUGUUUGUUUCACAAUAAAAAAUAAAAAAUAUUUUGCAUCUUCAAAGUGGUAGGCAUGUUGUGUAAAUGAAAUGAUACAACCCCCCCAUAAAAUCAAUUUUAAUUCCAGGUUGUAAGGCAACAAAAAAGCAAAAAUGCCAAGGGGGUGAAUACCUUCGCAAGCAACUCUAUGUAAUGUAUUCUCAGUCAAUUUGGUGUAGUUUUCUCCCCCCGAGUAUUUAGUCAUUGAAGUUGUUGGGUUUAUGUCCCAUCCUACAUCCUGAUAUUUCCAGGUUCUGACCACUAGAUGGUGUUGUUCCUGCUAUUAGUUGAUGUUAAAUGGAUAGUUCACCCAAAUUAAAAAAUUACAUUGGUUUCCUUACCCUGUAAGCAGUCUAUUGACAAGGUAUGACAGCAAUACUACUUGUCAGACAUAGAGAACUGAUACUGUAUUAGGCCUGCUUGUUGUUGGGUUGGGAUUGGCAUGGGGUGUGGGGGGGUCCGUGGGUUGCUUUUGACCAUUUCUUUGGAUUCCUCAUAUUGUUAGAAAAAAGUUUGUUCGAAAUUGGAAAUUAGCUACUAUAUUUAUUGAAUAUUAUAUUAAUUCUAUAAAUUAAAAUUGCCAAUUUGGGUGCAGUCAAUUAGCUUAAUUUCUCAGAGAUCAAAUUAUAUUUAAACAAAAUAAUGUUGCAGGAUGUCAUGUUGCAAAAAAAGAAUAUUGACAGCCUUGAUUUGUGUGUUGUGUACAAACGUCUAAGAACAGCGCCACUGUCGCCCCAGCAUCUUUGUUUUUGUUUUGUGUACUAAACGGAGGUGAGAUACAUUGAACAGUGUAUUUAAAAAGAAUUGCAGUGCAUGUUCUUCUGUUCUAUCGCGCGUGCAAUGAUGUCCAAGGGGGGAAAAACAGGGUUUGUUUCACUGUUUGCAGUAACUUCUUUGUUGUUGUAAUAUCCCAAACAGACGUGGCAGUUAAGGAUUCCAGCUUUAAGGCAAGAAGCUUAAAGUAAGCUUUUCACAGGGCUGUGAAUUUAUGGCGUUAAGAGGAAGUCAUUGGAACUAUGCGAUCACCUACGUGCCAAGCUCUUGAUGGAAGUUGGUUGGUGUGCUGACUCUGAUAGGGGAGCCUAUGGAGACACUGUCCUGUCCUAUAUGUGUGACCAAAUCACAUGAAUCAUCUCUUUCCUAGCAUUCUCUGUUAAAUACUAGACAAGACAAGUGUCUGGGAAACUUCUUGCUAUUCAGAACCAUCUGUCUGUUGAACCAGGUCGAGUGGUCUGGCCUCUGUCUGUACAUCACCACUUCCUUUUGUCCUAGGGCAGAAAUGCUCUUUUACUGUUCUGCUGCUGUGGAUCUAGACUAGAGUUUCAGGACAGGCCGAGACAGAGCUCUGACGUCUGUUCAGACACUACUGUCUCUCUAACUGCUACUGCCUCCUGUUCCUCUUUCUGUUUUGAAAGAGGAGGCAAUCUUGGCCUCAGCAGACUCUCCAGAGAGAGAGAGAAAGAGAGGGAGGGUAGGAAGAGGGUUGGCGGGAGGGGGUGGGGAUCUUUUAAUGAGUGCCCCUCAGCAGAUGAGAGCGAACCAUAGAGAAUGGUAGUGGGCUCUAGUGCCCAAAAGCUUGUUUAAUCAUGGGCAGCGCCAUUGAGGACUUUGACCAUUUUUAAGUAGUCACCUGGGUGGGAUUUCCUAUGGGUUAAGGAAGGAUCACAUAAUUCCAUCCAGGUCAUCAGGAGGAAUCAGCCAAUGAAUUAUACUCGUGAGCAAACAUUCCAUAACUGCAUGUGGCAGUAAAUAGCCAACCUUGGCUUUCUACCUGUUCAGACAACACCCUCCAGGUGGCAGUGUGCACCCUUUCAGUUUAUUUACCAACUCAUAGAAGUAGUAGAAUAAGAAAAUGGACUACUUCAAAAUGGAGAUGGCUUCAAUGGUGCUGCCCGUGCACUCACAGACGCUAGAAUGGGACGAAUACAAAAAGUCCUCUGCCAUUCUCUAUGGAGCAAACUCAUUCACUCAUCCGAAAGGCUGCCACUGGGGCUGUGGCCUGGUUUAUCAUGGACCACUCUGGGCAUGGCCAUGUGUUCCUUUCAAUGCUGACUGUCUGUGGAGUGUGGAUCAUGGGGCUGUGUUUGUGUACACUAGCUGCAGGCGCUAGUGGUUUAGCUUAACUCCUGCCUGCCUGAGAGGAAGAGGAGGCUAGAAGGGUAGGCCAAUCCCUGUAGAAAUGCUGUCCUCGCUUUCUCUCCUCUCUCUCUCUCUCUCUCUCUCUCUCUCUAUCUCUCUCCUAUCUCUCUCUCUCCUCUCUCUCUCUCUCUCUCUCCUCUCUCUCUCUCUCUCUCUCAAGUUCAAUUUCAAUUCAAUUUAAGGGCUUUAUUGGCAUGGGAAGAAGGAAACGUGUGUUUGUGUGUUUGUUAAACAUUGCCAAAGCAAGUGAAGUAGAUAAGUAAACAAAAGUGAAAUAAUAAAAAAUAAAAUAUUAAUAGUAAACAUUAACUCAGAGUUUAAAAAAAGAAUAAAGACAUUUCAAAAUGUCAUAUUAUGUAUAUUAUAAAGGCUAUGUAUAUCUCUAUAUAUGAUAUCAUAUAUAUUAUAUUAUCAUGUGUAUAUAGAAUAUUAGAUUUUUCUCUAUCUCGCUCUAUAUAUACUCUUAUGGUUAUCACUUCUGUAUUUUAAUCUAUUCAUAUUCUCUAUAUAUAUCUUCUCAGGAGGGGAGAGAGGCGGAGAGGAGAGGAGGGAGAUAGGAGAGAAGAAGGAGAGUAAGGGAUAUACUUCUCUUUACCUUUCUUAGCCUGUCUUUCAUAGCUUUCUGUCUCUAUAUUUAUAAUCUAUUCUCCUUCUCUCUUAUCUCCCCCUUUUUCACCUCUUUUCCUUUUCCAAAUUUUGUUAUGACAUAAAUAGGGUCAGGUCUUUUAUUUCUCCCCUCCCGUACAAUGUUUUCAUCUGAAGGAUUUUUUGGGAGGAGUGUCGUAAGGUAAGGGGUUUUUUUGGGGGGUUUUUUCCGUUUUACCAAAUUUGGGGGGGAAGGGGGGGGGGAUAAACAAAAAUUUUUUUUUUAAAAAAAAUUUUUUUAAAAAAAAAGGGGGAAAAAGGGGAAAAAAAAAAGGGAGGUCUUUCCUAUGCCCCUCCUCUCUCUUCUCCCCAAAAGGAGGAGACAGGAGAAAAGAAGGAAAGCGCAAGAGAGAAAAAAGGGAGAGGAAAGGGAGAGGAAAAAACCGUCGAGGGAGAAAAAAGAAAAAAGAAAGAGGAGAAGGAAGCCAACCUUAUAAAAAAGCCCCAAAACCCUCGCUAUAUUUUAACCAUAAUCGAAGGAAAAGAAAGAAGGGAGAGAGAAGAAGGAGAAAGCAAAGAGGAGAGAGAGGGGUAAAAGAGGAGGAGAGGGGGGAGAAGCCGAGGGAGAGAGAAAAAGAAGAGAGAGAGAGGCGAGAAAAGAAAAGAAGAGCGGAAGAGCGAGAGCAAAAAGGGAAGAGAGAACAGAGAGAGGGGAGAGGAAAAAGAGCGGAGAGGGGAGGAGCGAGAAGGAGACGAGAGAGAGAGAGAGAAGAGAGAGAGAGAGAGAAAAAACCGGCAACGUUAUCCCCCCAUUCUCCCCCUCUCUUUUUCCCCUCUCUCCCCUCUCUCUCUCUCUCCUCUCUCUCUCUCUCCCUCCCUCCUCUCUCUCUCAGGGCCCUCUCCAUGGAUUUAGACACAGACUAUGAGCGGCCCAAUGUGGAAACCAUUAAAUGUGUGGUGGUAGGGGACAAUGCGGUGGGCAAGACCAGGCUCAUCUGUGCCCGUGCCUGCAAUGCUACCCUCACACAGUACCAGCUGCUCGCCACCCACGUGCCAACUGUCUGGGCCAUCGACCAGUACCGCGUGUGCCAGGAGGUGGGCAUGGAUGCACGCUACACACACACCUACACACACACACACACACACACACACACACAUACACAUACACACACACACACACACACUUCUUCCAUUCAGUGUUGUGAUGUGUGUUUGUGCCUCUAGGUGUUGGAGAGGUCCAGGGAUGUGGUGGAUGAGGUCAGUGUCUCUCUGAGACUAUGGGACACCUUCGGUGACCAUCACAAAGACAGACGCUUUGCUUACGGCAGGUGAGGAGAUACACACACACACACACACACACACACACACACACACUGGAAGGCUGUGGCUACUUUGGGCUCAGGGUUAUACAGCCAGAUUCUGGUAACUGACCUAAUAACCCCCCCCCCCCCACACACACACACACACACACACACACACUGUCACACACACACUGUCACACACACACACACACUGUCACACACACACACACACACACUGUGUCACACACACACACACAGUCAUAGUGGCUGAUAUGGUUACCAUCAUUGAUGUGUUUUGUGUUCUGAUAGCUAGAUACAAUAUACCUCUCCUCUAGCAGACAGACAUGAUGGAAUCAUCUUUAUAUCCCCCUCACCCAGACCAUUCAGACCUUAAUGAGCCUCUGACAUAGCACUGAUCCUCACCUAACCAGCUAGCAGGGCUUAAUCCACACACACAGUCACACACAGUCACACACAGUCACACACAGUCACACACAGUCACACACAGUCACACACAGUCACACACAGUCACUGAGCAGGUUAGGUGGGGGCUGGGUUUGUAUAACAAGUCACCCUGUCACUAUGUGGAUCUGUUUUUGAGUGACAGACUGUGUGUGUGUGUGUGUGUGUGUGUGUGUGUGUGUGUGUGUGUGUGUGUGUGUGUGUGUGUGUGUGUGUGUGUGUGUGUGUGAAGCUGUGUACGUGUGCAUUUUAAAUGGUCAAUGACUCUGUGUGUGUGUGUGUGUGUGCUCAGUCAGCCUGUAGUCAGCUGAUUAGAGACACUGCCCGAUCAGCUGUUCUGUGUCUGCCCGUCUGUCUGCCCGUCUGUCUGGGUGCUGUUGUACUCAACCUCUGGCCCUAAACUCACUAUCAGAUAGACAUGCCACCAUGCAUGCAGCCUUAUCUAACAAUCAGCUGCCUAUAGGCACAUUCACAUGUCCUCUGUGUACAACACUAUCUGAUAGACUUUAUUUGAUCAUGUAUUGUGUCAUGUAUUUGUAGAUGGCUCUAAAGAAGCUGGCAUAUGAUUGACUAAUGACUAUGUCGUUCCAUAGACUGAAUAGGUGAGUUUAUUUAACCCUUAUGUCAGUGCAUAAGGGGGUGACGUAGCGCCUGCAUGAUCUUUAAUAACAGUGAAAAGUGUGUGUCGAGGGGAUCUCUGCUGGGUUGUGUAUACACUGAGCAGUCAGCCAGUCAGUCAGGAGUUUGAUCUCAGCCUCGUUCUAUGUCCUGUAAAAACACCAAACACUCUGGUUACAUGAGGAUAGCUAACAGCCCUGCUGACCUUUGUAGUGUGGCUUGACAAAGAGGGCAAAGGCACGUACACACUAACAUACAGGUAACUGCCAAAAUAAUGGAAACAAUUGAGUAAAUGAGGGAUACAAAGUAUAUUGAAAGCAGGUGGUUCCUGAGUUAAUUCAGCAAUUAACAUCCCAUCAUGCUUAGGGUCAUGUAUAAAAAUGCUGAGCAGGCCAUUGUUUUGGCUACCAUGGCUAUGCCCCCAUAGGAUGACAAUGACUCCAGCCACAGGGCACGAAUGGUCACUGAAUGGUUUCAUGAGCAUGAACAUAAACGAUAUGCCAUGGCCGUCUCAGCCACCAGAUCUCAACCCAAUUGAACUCUUAUGGGAGACUCUGGAGCGGCACAUGAGACAGCGUUUUCCACCUCCAUCAACAAAACCCCAAAUGAUGGAAUUUCUCGUGGAAGAAUGGUGUCGCAUGCCUCUAAUAGAGUUCCAGACUUUUGUCGAAUCUAUUCCAAGGUGUAUUGCAGCUGUUCUGCCGUAUCAUGGUGGCCCAACGCCAUAUUAAGACACUGUAUGUUGGUGUUUCCUUUAUUUUGGCAGUUACCUGUAGAUUAAAAGCAGUCUGAGCCAUGGUAAUGACCCUUUGCCAGGGUGCUAAUGGAAAUUCCUGUGCGUGAGUGUGUGUGUGUGUGUGUGUGUGUGUGCGGGUGUGUGUGUGUGUGCGUUAUCUUUUCUAGGUUACAUAUUAUUAGUAGACGUUAAGAUAAGGUGUAUGGAACCUGUGUUAUUCUGUUGCCUGUUUGGCCCACAAGUACUCUAUCUAGCUGCUAGAGUCUAGCAUGUUGGCUGUGCACAGCGCAGCCCCCCUUUUGUAGGCCUGCGGAUCAAUAAUAAAAAAUAAAAAACUUGAGUUAGAAUAGUAGAAUACACAGGGUGCAAUCUUAGAAAUGUGGUUCUGCAUCAGCAGUUUUCUUCUUGUUAUGUCAGUCACUGACAAUCACUUAAUUAGCCCAUGUCAGCUAACAUUUUUUAGAUUGGUAAGUUAGUCUAGCCAGCUAUCUAAACUUGUAGUAAUCAUUGUCGAAUUACCGACCGGGAGGCCCCCCAUUGAUUUUGUUAGUCACUCUCACUCAGAUAUCAUAUUUAAAAACUGCAAACAUUUCUCUCCACUUUUAGCAAAAUGUGUAGAAUUGCAGGAAAUUACCUGUACAACUAUACAUGUUUGCCUCUGCCCAUGGCCCGUGAGUCACUGCAGACCCUCAUGAUGAGUUCUGAUGUUUUGUGGCCCCCACCCCCAUCAAAGUCGACCAACCCUGAACUAAAGAAAUAUGAGUAGUGUUUACUUAGUGUUCAUACCCAGUUGACUCUUUCGAACAGGAACGUUUCAGCAGAACUCAUACCCCUAAUGUUUCAUAUUUUAUUUCUAUCUUUAAUAACAUUUAUUUAUUUUUUGAUCUGACCAUGUUGUGAAAAAACAAGUUAGUGUCACGGUUUCGGCCGAGGCUGCCUCUCUUCCUUGCUCGGGCAGGCUUCGGCGUUCGUCGUCUCCGGAAUACUAGCUGCCACCGUUGUAUGUUUCUAUGUUCGUUUGCUUUUGUCUGAUUGUUGUACACCUGUUAUCGUUUAGUGUAAUUAGUGUCCUAUAAGUUCUCGUUGUGUUUGUCUAGUGUUGGUGUGUGAUUCUGUCAAGGUAGAUGUAGGUGGGUGUGGUGGUGGAAUCAGGCGCAGGACGCAGAACGUUAGUCCAACAGACUUUAGUUGAUGCACACGAAAACAAUCACAAACAAACGCCCUGAGGCGAGACUCCGCACGUAGGCAAAAAUAACGGGCGCACUAACAGGUGCGACAAAAACACUCCAAACAAUGGAGAAUAUAGCUCAACCGAGCAAACAGUAGAAAUCCAGCCUACCGGCACGACAGUAAAACAAUCACACACAAACACUAGACAAACACAACGAGAACUUAUAGGACACUAAUUACACUAAACGAUAACAGGUGUACAACAAUCAGACAAAAGCAAACGAACAUAGAAACAUACAACGGUGGCAGCUAGUAUUCCGGAGACGACGAACGCCGAAGCCUGCCCGAGCAAGGAAGAGAGGCAGCCUCGGCCGAAACCGUGACAGUUAGCCUUAUUGAUAAGAAUCACGCUGAUGUAUUUAGUAAAUUCCAUGUUUCGGCUCCUGAUUAAUCCCUAUAAAACAUAACAAUUAAUAUAUGUAUCUUUACUGAAGUCCAUUUCCAUAGCCACUAGAUCAGUGUUCUGUUCAGUCUGCAAGCAGGGCAGUGGAGAGGCUCACUUAGUGCUGUUCCGGUUACGUAGUAGCUGAUGACAUCAUUCAUUCACACAUGGGAAGCCACACAUGCCUCAGAGACAGUAGUUGUGGAGAACAGCCUUAAGUCCUGUUGUCUGCCUGGCCUAACACAAUGACUGGCUGAGGAAAUAAGUACUGCUGUACUGUAGCUAGUGUGUGUUGCUCUGUUAUUAGUCCCUCUCUGUGGCCUUGGCUGCCUUGGGGGAGGUGGGGGGGACACUUCACAUCCUCAGAGGCUUCCUGUAUACCAGACACACACAACUCCAUGACCCCACAGCCCAGCCUGCUCAGUGUCGCCAUCCAUAUACACUAUGCCUAGCAGCAGACUCUUCUCAUAUGAACCUCAGACAGGAAUUGACCUCCAGCUCUCUCUCUCUCCGACAUUACCCUCUCUCCUUUUUCCAACUCUCUCUCUCCCGCUGUCUUUUCUGUGCGUGGUACAGGUCUGACGUGGUGGUGCUGUGUUUCUCCCUGGCCAACCCCAACUCCCUGCGUCACGUCCGCACCAUGUGGUACCCUGAGAUCAAGCACUUCUGCCCCCGUACCCCUAUCAUCCUGGUGGGCUGCCAGCUGGACCUGCGCUACGCCGACCUGGAGGCCGUGAACCGCGCCCGCAGACCCCUGGCCAAGUAAGACCACCAUCAUCCAUGCUCAUGACACGGGGCGACAUUAACUGCAGCAGUCCCAUCAAAGCUAUUGGCAGGAUGUGCAGCAUUUGACUGAAACGCAAACAUACCUGUCUCACCUACUGUCUGUCCAUAGCUUCUGUCCUUGUUGUCUUCUGAAACACUUGACUCAUACAAACUCAGCACAAUCCUUUAAUUAGAGACCUACCACUCUGCUAAUGCCCUAACCCUCUCCCCUCCCCGUUGUGCUCAGACCCAUCAAGCCCACAGACAUCCUGCCUCCAGAGAGAGGGCAUGAGGUGGCCAAGGAGCUGGGCAUUCCCUACUACGAGACCAGCAUCGUGGCCCAGUUUGGGGUCAAGGAUGUGUUCGACAACGCCAUCCGUUCCGCUCUCAUCUCCCGCCGCCACCUCCAGUUCUGGAAGUCCCACCUAAAGAGAGUCCAGCGGCCCCUCCUCCAGGCCCCCUUCCUGCCCCCCCGGCCCCCGCGCCCUGUGGUGGGCAUCCCCGACCCACCUCCCAUCGACGGAGAAGCCCCCGACUCCCUCUUCUGCCAGCCACUGUGCGCCGAUGUCCUCUUCCUACUCCAGGGCGGCGCCACGCGCGUCUUCGCACACAAAGUCUACCUGGCCACCUCCUGCUCCAAGUUCUACGACCUCUUCACCCUGGAUCUGCUGGCCAUCGAGUCGGAUUGGGAGGGAGAGGAGUGGGCUGAGAGCGGAGAGGAGGAGGAGCAGAGCAGGAGAGGAGCCAAAGAGCAGGCAGGGCGCACUAAGAGCUUGGACAUCGAUAAUGAGGGGGAGGGGGUAGCCAGGGGACUCAAACGGCCACCCAUGCUCCAGCAGGGCUCCCUGAAGACUUCCAAAAGUGAUAACGCCCUCCCCGCCAGGAGCCAGUGCUCCGUGGGGCCCCUGGGGGCCGGCCGUGGCCUUUCGGGCUGGGGGAGGGGCUUCCUGAGUGUGUACCUGGAGCACGUAGCUGACCCCGAGACAGGGCGACCUCGCCUCAUGACCGUAGUCUCCAUGGACGGCCUCAUACAGGAAGAACCCUUCCAGGUUAGAUCAGAUAGCAGCAACAACACCAAGUCUUGCAAGUCGCUUUGGAUAAUAGCAUCUGCUUACUCACCGUAUUAAUACCAAACCAGCUACACCGUGAGGUUCCCAUUCCCAAUACUGCUCCAGGGUUGUAUAAUCUUCUUAGAGCACUUUGAAGAGUGCACUCUACUGGUCAUCAUAACCAUAACACAUUUUAACUGUGGUGGUUUCAGGCAGUGCUGCAGUACCUGUACACAGGCAGUCUGGACGAGGGCCGAGGGGAUCUGAUGCAGGUGGCCACCAUCGCUGAGCUGCUGGAGGUGUUUGACCUGAGGAUGAUGGUGGCCAACGUGCUGAACCACGAGAGCUUCAUGAACCAGGAGAUCACCAAGGCCUUCCACGUCCGCCGAGCCAACCGCAUCAAAGAGUGCCUUAGCAAGGGCACCUUCGCCGGUACACACAGCCUUCACCUGCUCACCUGAGUCAUCAGAGAUUCUCUAGUGUGUGUGUGUGUGUGUGUGUGCGCGGGCACGCGUGCAUGUGUGUGUAUGUGUGUGUGUGUGUGUGUGUGUGUGUGUGUGUGUGUGUGUGUGCAUGCUUGCGUCCAUAUGUAUGUGUGUGUGCGUGCAUAUGUGUGUGUACCCAGUACAUUUAGCAUGUUCUUCCAGUAUUCUGCCAUGGAUUCACAUGUCUGGAUCUAUGGUCAUUAGCUAUUAUUUCCUAUAUGCAAUAUCUGUGUGUUUAUGUGUAUCCUCCAUAAAAUGAGUCCAUUUGAUGUCAUCGCUCUAAAUAGGUGUUGCUGAGAUUUUCUGCUUUCUCCGUUUGUCCUUAUGUGUGCCGGGCCCAUUCCUAUGUGUUUCUGUGCAUCACUUCUGUCUGGGUCCUUCGGUCUGUGUGCAUGUUGGCUGUAGCAUUUCCCACAAGGUGAGAGUCCUAUACUAUCUCUGAAGUACAUGUAGCCUCUUUUACCUUCAGGUGGCUACCAUAGUCCUGCUAUUGUUGUCAUGGUGUCUGUUUCCGUGGGAAUUCGUUUUUCAAUAUACCUCCUGAAUAGAUAUGAUUUAGCCUACUCGUUCUAGUGGGUUCUGUGCCCCAUAAAGAUUAGCGAGGCCUAUAGGUCAGCCUUGUGAUUGGUUUAGUUUCUUCUUAGAUUGCUUUUCUUUUAGAAUGACAUCUUUGCAGUGUUGGGGAAGCUAGUCUGAAAAUAUAGUUUACCAAGCUACCAAUUACUUCACACUGGAAGAAGUUAAGCUACACUAAAGCUACCGUUAAGAAACAUAUAGUUUACUUAACUAAACUUACUUUGAAAAAGUAGUUCACUACAUCCAAACUACUUCCUGAAAAAUUAUCAUAUGUAAAUCAUAGACUACAAAUUGCAAGAACAGUUCACUCUGUAGUCAGAUGUUAACAGAAUGUAAUUUCUCAUAUUAAACACAAAAAAACAACAUUUGAAGUGAGAAUUAGGCCGGUCUGAUGGAGGAAAACAAAGUAUAUUCUUGCCUACUUAACCCAUAUUUUAUUUUUGCAAAAAGAGUAGUGUGUAGUUCCAGUAGUUAGCUACACCACUACAUGGCAAAUAAGUAAUUAACAACUGAAAACACUACCAAGAUUUGAAUUUAGUUCAACUACCACCAAGCUACUCCCCAACACUGCUUCCUUGAGCAUCCAAACAGAAUAAAGCGACAGUCAGAGCUCUUACAGACAGUGUAGUUAGAUAGGGUGCAAGCUAUCUGGACAGCUUCAAAAGUCUAUGUAGGUUUCAAUCUUAGUAUCUCAACUCUGCUUUGCACUAUGACCUGUCCUCUCCCUCCCUUGCACCCUGUGUCAAAUAGAGCUGUCUACCUUUCGAUUUAUCUCUCUGUCUGUCUACCUGUUUCUGUUUCUGUGUGCGUCUGUCUGCGUAUAUCUCUGUGUGUCCCCGUCCGUCUGUCUUCCCCUCUGUAGCAUCGACUCUGUGGUUCACUCCGAGAUGAGUGCUCUUUUCCCUCCCCGGUUUUAGAUGUGGUGUUCCGCCUGGACGAUGGCUACCUGCCAGCCCACAAGCCUCUGCUCAUCUCCAGCUGUGACUGGAUGGCCGCUAUGUUCCGGGGAUCCUUCAUGGAGAGCUACAUCAAGGAGGUGAGAGAGUGUGAGAGAGUGUGAGAGAGUGUGAGAGUGUGAGAGAGUGUGAGAGAGUGAGAGAGAGAGAGAGAGAGAGAGAGGAGAGAGAGGAGAGAGAGAGGAGAGAUGAGAGGAGAGAGGAGAGGAGAGAGAGAGAGAGAGGAGAAGGGAGAGAGAGAGAGGAGAGAGAGAGAGGAGAGGAGGAGAUGAGAGAAGCGAGAGAGAGAGAGAACAAUUACAUUGAUUGGUUCAGUAAGGAUGGGUUGUAUUCACAUGCACAGUGAUCUGUGUUUCACCAUAGUAUAAGCCUCCCCUAAGGGCUCACAGAGCCAACUACCACACUAACCGACAAUACAUACAGUGCUGGCGUUGCAUACAGCCAGAAACAUAUGGUAUAAAGCGAGCAGGCAGACAGGGUUCCUCGUCUGAGCAGCUGCAGCAGGAAGUCGGCUCACCUCUGCACUUUCUGGGUAAUUUCCUGUCUACACAUACUUGCUGGACAAGAGGCUGCGUGAGAAUAUCAAAAUAUCACAUCACAGCUCUAACCAGACAUACUGCCCACAUUCAUGCCUGUUAUCAACACACUGUCAUGUCACAGCCUCAUCGGAUGGCUGGAGAAGAGGCGAUGGAGGGAGGCUGAGUCUCAGAGAGGUGGUAGACUAGAGGACAAUACGUACAGUGCAUUCGGAAAGUACUCACACCCCUUGACUUUUUCCACAUUGUUACGUUACAGCCUUAUUCUAAAAUUAAUUAAAUCGUUUUUUCCCUCAUCAAUCUACACACAAUACCCCAUAAUGACAAAGCAAAAACAGGCUUUAAUAAAUUUGUGCAAAUUUAUACAAAAGAAAAAAUGGAAAUAUUACAUUUACAUAAGUAUUCAGACCCUUUACUCAGUACUUUGUUGAAGCACCUUUGGAAGCGAUUACAGCCUCGACUCUUCUUGGGUAUGACGCUACAAGCUUGGCACAGCUGUAUUUGGGGAGUUUCUCCCAUUCCUCUCUGCAGAUCCUCUCAAGCUCUGUCAGGUUGGAUGGGGAGCGUUGCUGCACAGCUAUUUUCAGGUCUCUACAGAGAUAUACGUCUUUAGGUGCCUUUUGGCAAACUCCAAGCGGGCUGUCAUGUUCCUUUUACUGAGGAGUGGCUUCCAUCUGGCCACUCUACCAUAAAGGCCUGAUUGGUGGAGUGCUGCAGAGAUGGUUGUCCUUCUAGAAGGUUCUCCCAUCUCCACAGAGGAACUCUAGAGCUCUGUCAGUGUGACCAUCGGGUUCUUGAUCACCUCCCUGACCAAGGCCCUUCUCCCCCUAUUGCUCAGUUUGGCCAGGCGGCCAGCUCUAGGAAGAGUCUUGGUGGUUCCAAACUUCUUCCAUUUAAGAAUGAUGGAAGCCACUGUGUUCUUGGGGACCUUCAAUGCUGCAGACAUUUUUUGGUACCCUUCCCCAGAUCUGUGCCUCGACACAAUCCUGUCUCGGAGCUCUACUGACAAUUCCUUCGACCUCAUGGCUUUUGCUCUGACAUGCACUGUCAACUGUGGGACCUUAUAUAGACAGGUGUGUGCCUUUCCAAAUCAUGUCCAGUCCAAUCAAUUGAAUUUACCACAGGUGGACUCCAAUCAAGUUGUAAAAACAUCUCAAGAAUGAUCAAUGGAAACAGGAUGCACCUGAGCUCAAUUUCGAGUCGCAUAGCAAAGGGUCUGAAUACUUAUGUAAAUAAGGUAUUUCUGUUUUUUAUUUUUAAUAAAGCCUGUUUUCGCUUUGUCAUUAUGGGGUAUUGUGUGUAGAUUGCUAAGAAAAAAAUAAUAUUUAAUAAAUUUUUGAAUAAGGCUGUAACACAACAUAAUGCGGAAAAGGUCAAGGGUUCUGAAUACAUUCCGAAGGCACUGUAUCUCAAAGGGACCGCUUUUAGAGAUUAAGAAUCUAUUUUUCCUUUGACAUUUGACCCCAAGACAAUGGUGUAAGACGACAUGCAUUCACGUUAGAGAGCUGUUCAUGGGAAACUAUGCAGGCACACAGCAUGCUAUAUACAGUGCAUUGGGAAAGUAUUCAGACCCCUUGUCUUUCUAAUUUUUUUAUUUAACAUUUAUUUAACCAGGUAAGCCAGUUGAGAACAAGUUCUCAUUUACAACUGCUUUUCGAAUGCAGUGUAUAUUAGCUAGAACACAGGAUAUAGUCAGACUGUGGCCCGGAUCUUUAUCCAGGUCAGUUUUCCCCUUGCGCAGUGUCUGGUUACCCCCGGCUUCUCUCUGAUGGCUCGGGUUCUAGAAAGACUACUCCUCCAGGGCGUGGCUGCCAACCCACCCAGGGAGGGAGCACUUGUUUCUCCAUGCUGUGGGUGUCCGCAGCUUGGGCCCUCCUGGAGAACUGGAUCCCCCAGGUACGGUUACAGUCCAGGCCCCACAGGCUUUGGGUUACGGCCCUGCCAGGAAGCAGGCAGCCCCAGGAAACAGGACGCUGGACAGGCCCUCUGGAUACUCUUACAGCCAGAGUCCACAGAGAGGGAGGAGUGGGGGUGAAGGAAGAGUGGACAGGGUCAUGGUGUGUUGCGUGCUCUGAGGUGGAGACUGGGAGGGUAAGUGGUAGUUGUAUGUUGUUGUAGAGAGAGUAGGGGUAAGUUUGUUUGUUUGUGUGUGUGUGUAGGAGGGGGCACCGGGACGGGGGUCAUUUGUAAAACACCAACAGCAGUGGGGAGGGGGGGGGUCACCAGAACGCUUGCCAGUAUCCAUGGUAACCCUGAAAGUGUCAUGUUUGUCCCCAUUGUGGCAAUCUUUAUGGCAUUUGGCUGGCAUAGUGCAUCUAACAAAGACUGAGGCUCUGGACAAUGUGAAGCCGCCAGCAUGUGUCUUUGUGUGAGAAAUGUCCAUAGCGGUGCAGCAAUGAUCGCAGCGUUUAAAAUCUCAGCAGCACACACACACAGCCCUAUCCUUCCCCUGCUUAGCUGGCUGGCCUUGAGGUGCAUAGACAAAGCCUCCCUUGGAGUGACACAGAUGUGGCUAUGGUUGUAGGCAGUGCUAGGCAUCAGAGUGGUGUGGAGAGGCCUGUGACCUUGGGAGUCUCGGACCAAUCGGUGUACUGUACUGUAGUGCACUGUGACUUGUCUGGCCUCUGUUUCAGAGUGUGUUUGUCUGUCUGUCUUUAAACACAGUUCUGUCUGUCUUUAAAGUAGCUGUUCAAUGUUUCCAGAUUUCUAUAUAAUUAAUUACAAUAUUAGUGAAAUAGUUUUUCUUCCAUAAAAAAAAAAAAUGAAGCAUGUUAAAAAGCUGCUUUUCUGUGUUUGAAUGGUGUGGGCGUACCCCAACAACUGAAUGGUGUGGGCAUAUAUUUACAUUUACGUCAUUUAGCAGACGCUCUUAUCCAGAGCGACUUACAGUUAGUGAAUACAUUAUUAUUAUUUAUUUUAUACUGGCCCCCCGUGGGAAUCAAACCCACAACCCUGGCGUUGCAAACGCCAUGCUCUAUCAACUGAGCUACAUCCCAUAUACCGGUCAAUAAAAAUAUGAAUGACAAGUAAACAGCUGAUUGGACAGCUCAGGCAAUGAGACGUCUCGGCCAAAAAUAUGACAUCAUCUUCUAUGAGGAAAAAGCAAGCAUUUUGAGAUACAAGUUUGAGGGAGGGCUUUUAAUGCUGAGUGAUUAACCGACAUUUCGUUUUUAUUUUUCCGGUUAUUAAACAACUAAUUGACCCACGUUUGUUCAGAUUUUUCUGAACCCAACGUGCAGUUUCUCUAGAGAGAAAUCAAAGUUUUAGUUUUUAUUAAGCAAAUAUUCAGCCUAGUUCAGCGCAGAAACGUGGUAAUUAACCACAAUGACCAUAAUCCAUUGCGCCUGUUUUUUCCGGCUCGGACAGAGAUGGAUACACUUUUAUGCCUUCUACGUUAGGUUAUAUACACACAGACUGAAUAUACCGCAUGAGAGAGGCAAGUACACAACACAAAGAAGAGAGAGAGGGAUAGAGACGGUGCUAGAGACAGUUUGUGAAAGUAUGCCUUAUCUACUUUGAAGAACUAGUAAAAGGAUUUUGUCAGACAGCUCUGCAGCAUGCUUAGGCAGGCUAGCCUAGAUAAAUAGGAUGACUAAAGAGCAGAGAGAACGUUGUCUGGCUGUUUGGCUGCUACUGCCUGAGCAGAGAGAACGUUGUCUGGCUGUUUGGCUGCUACUGCCUGAGCAGAGAGAACGUUGUCUGGCUGUUUGGCUGCUACUGCCUGAGCAGAGAGAACGUUGUCUGGCUGUUUGGCUGCUACUGCCUGAGCAGAGAGAACGUUGUCUGGCUGUUUGGCUGCUACUGCCUGAGCAGAGAGAACGUUGUCUGGCUGUUUGGCUGCUACUGCCUGAGCAGAGAUGAGAUGAUGACUUUUAAGGAAUGAAAAAUAAAUAAAGUCAUCAAAUAAAAACGUUUAUUAUUUCAUAGUAAUUUCCUAUUUUUCUAUGUGGACCUGUCACCUGACAGAGACAAUGGAGUAUGUUCAAUGUUUUGGCAAUUGAAUGCACUAUUUUUGGCUUUGGAAUUUCCAUUCAAAAGCUCAAAAAUAAUGUUAUUGUAAUUAUUUCAUAAUGCAUCUAAUAAAAAAUAAAAAAAUGAAAGCGUGAUUCUUUUUUAAUAAUCAAACUGAAACCGAACCGACCUCAAAAAGCACUAAUCGCUCGGCACUAUGAGGCUUUUAAAGUGUUUUUUUCUCAAAGUUAUGCUUUGGCCACAAAUACGAGUAUAGGAUGAGUCAACAACAUUAUUUGUGUACAACUUAACAGAUUAUGAGCUUUUAAAAGUGAGAUUUUCACUGGACAGUUACUUUAACACCUUUCACCUUGCUUCUUCUCACCACUCUCCUCUCUCACUUCUCUCACGUGUAUUUUUAGCCUGUCACUGUUUCUAUUCACGAGGUGCUGUGAUAACACUUCUAUUCUGGUCAACUGUUACGAUCUGCUGUGCCAGCAGCUUGCCAGCCUGCUGUGUCCUUGUCAGUCCCCCCCCCCCCCCCCCCCACAAUUCCACCUAUAAUGGAUCACAUUGAACUCAAUAAACCCCUCCCUGAUUGUAUAGUUUGGUUUUAAUGCCAUUAUGAUGAGGAGUAAGGACUUGUGUGUUGUGUUGUGUGUGUGUGUGUUGUGUUGUGUUGUGUGUGUGUGUGUGUGUGUGUGUGUGUGUGUGUGUGUGUGUGUUUGAGAGCUUUUAACAGGAGCGGCCACCUGUGUCUCUACCUCGACGUUUUCCUCCAUAAUGAAGGGUCAUUGCCAGGCUGACAUUCACCUAAUUGGCACCCCUGUGGGUCCCAUGGCUCUUCCCACCUCUAACCGUCUCCUACUGUAGCUUAAACCACAAGGCAAUAUACUCAGUAGUGGUGUUGAGACUGCUCUGAGACUUUCAAAUGUCUUGUCCCUUUUUAAUCCAACAUAUUGACCAACUGAUUGGGCUGAAAGGUUGAAAAUGUAGAACAACAUUUAAUUAAAUCACUAGCUAGGGCGGCAGAGAGCCUAGCGGUUAAGAACGUUGGGCCAGUAACCGAAAGGUCGCUGGUUCGAAUCCCUCAGCUGACUAGGUGAAAAAUCGGUCUAUAUGCCCUUGAGCAAGGCACUUAACCCUAAUUGCUCCUGUAAGUCGUUCUGGAUAAGAGCGUCAGCUAAAGGAGGAAAAUGUAAAUGUCACUUGGUCAGUACUAUCUGAAGCCAAGCACAGUUAUACUUUAGUGUCACCUAGUGGCCAGGGUGGUGCAGUUUUUCUGUAUUUUGUAAACGUUGCAUGCGUGUGUGGGAGGGGGUGGGGAGAAGAUGAAGAAAGGGGGUUACCAUGGUCCAACAGUCCCAGCAGUUCUUUCUAUCCCUCCCCAAGUUGCCCCCGUAACUCCUCGGCCGUCACUUGUGGCUGUGCCUUUGUUUGCUCUCCUCUCAGGAAAGAAACACACUUUUGGCCAGCUGGCAACUCUUGCACUGAGGAUAAGAGUAUCUUCAUGAAUCUGGUAUCUUUUUUUUCCUCAUAGCAAGUUUCUCCUGGACUUUUACUUAGUCCAUUCCAUACUUUUAGCCAGUGUUUCAAAUAACCACACAAACAAAAAUAAACCUUUACAUGAUUUGUGUCUGCAAUGGACAGCUUUUUUUUCACUGGGGCUCCACAUGUCUAGGGCACCUCCACCCGACCCACUCUACCUGUAUGGAUAGCUCUGGUCAGCCUGUGUCCUGCACCAACAACAGACCAUGUUAUUGGAGCAGGACACAGUGAGCAGCAAAUGGUGAGCGGACAUUACCUUCAUUUCUGUAGCUUUAUUGUCCGGAUGUGGGGACACAGUGGCUGUUCUUUCAUGUUGAUCCUGCUCCGUUUUGGAUGUGCGUACGUAAAUGCUCUCUUCUCAUGGUCCAAUCAGAAGUCUCUUUUCCUCGGUUCCUUUCACAGCUCUGCUUCCAGCUCUGUCCCACAAUGACAUCCAGGCCAUCUAUGCCACCCGUAGCGACCGGCCCAGUGGGGUAAUUCCGGGGUUCUUUGAUGCUGUUACCGUUAGUCGUGGCUCUAGCUAGCGUCAGUGCCCCCCUGGUAGGGAGGGACUUUCAUCUCAAAAGGUACUCCUCAACUGGAGACGGACAGCCCUUCAACUCGCCCCCCCCCCCCCCCCCCCCCCCGCGUCCUGUGACAUCACUCUCCUUACGUGACCUACCCACCGCACCACCGUGCAUGGCGGUCGGAGUCCCAUUUCUACAAUCUCAAACAUUCCACAUUUUGUUACGUUUCUAAAAUCAAUUCUAAAAUUGAUUAAAUUGUUUAGUUUUUUCUAAUCAAUCUACACACAAUACCCCAUAAUGACAAAGCAAAACAGGUUUUUAGACAUUUUUGCAAAUGUAUUACAAAUAAAAAACAGAAAUAUUACAUUUACAUAAGUAUUCAGACCCUUUACUCACUACUUUGUUGAAGCACCUUUGGCAGCGAUUACAACCUAGAGUCUUCUUGGGUAUGACGCUUCUGGAAGGUUCCAUCUCCAAAGAGGAACUCUGGAGCUCUGUCAGAGAGACCAUUGGGUUCUUGGUCACCUCCCUGACCAUCGCCCUUCUCCCCCGAUUGCUCAGUUUGGCCGAGCGGCCAGCUCUAGGAAGAGUCUUGGUGGUUCCAAACUUCUUCCAUUUAAGAAUGAUGGAGGCCACUGUGUUCUUGGGGACCUUCAAUGCUGCAGAAAUGGUUUGGUACCCUUCCCCAAAUCUGUGCCUCGACACAAUCCUGUCUCGGAGCUCUACGGACAAUUCCAUUGACUUCAUGGCUUGGUAUUUGCUCUGACAUGCACUGUCAACUGUGGGACCUUAUAUAGACAAUUACAUUUUAGUCAUUUUGCAGACGCUCUUAUCCAGAGCGUCUUACAGGAGCAGUUAGGGUUUAGUGCCUUGCUCAAGGGCACAUCGACAGAUGUUUCACUUAGUCGGCUCGGGGAUUAGAACCAGCGACCUUUCGGUUACUGGCACAACGCUCUUAACCACUAAGCUACCUGCCGCCCCAAUUGAAUUUACCACAGGUGGACUCCAAUCAAGUUGUAGAAACAUCUCAAGGAUGAUGAUCAAUGGAAACAGGAUGCAACUGAGCUCAAUUUCGAGUCUCAUAGCAAAGGGUCUGAAUACUUAUGUAAAUAAGGUAUUUCUGUUUUGUUUUUUUAUAAAUUUGCAAAAAUGUCUAAAAACCUAUUUUCGCUUUGUCGUUAUGUGUGUAGAUUGAUGAGGAAAACAUUUAAUAUAAUCAAUUUUAGAAUAAAGCUGUAACAUAACAAAAUGUGGAAAAAGUCAAGGGGUCUGAAUACUUUUCGAGCGCACUAUACAAUGUCCCCCAUUUGACAUUUUGUUGUUUCCUGCCUUGGAGACAGAUCUAAAGGAAACACUUAAGUUAUAGACAAAUAACUACUGGAGUACAUACUAAAUAAAGAUGGGCUCGAGACCCCAAAUUCAGGCUAGCGCUCUGCUCGCGUCCCCCCAUUGAUUCCUCUCGCACUUAUCAGAACUCUCUCUCCUAUCCUCUCGCUCUCUAUCUCUCUGCGCGCUCUCCCAUUUCCUCUCUUCUCUCUCUCUCUUCUCUCCCCUUCCAGGGUCCCACCGUAUGCGUAGUCAGUGUCUCUGGGUGCUGAUGCCCCUGAAUGGGAGCGUAUGCGUCUAUCGCCUUCCAACCGGCGGGUUCUGCCAGCCCUUUGCCCCAAACAAAUGUUGUGGAUGAAGGCUUUUUUUGCAGUGUGAAGGAGGGAAUGGUUUUUACCUAUUUCAGGAGUUAAUUAACACCUAUGAAAUUCCAAAUUAAGGACUGUUAGAAAAAUUAACACAAAUACAAAAUGUUAAGGAAUUAAUUUUCCUAGGAAAUCUAUCUCUGAAAAUUAGUUUGGGGCCCUUUUAAAAUUGGCCUUCACAUUAAUUCACUGUUAAAAAAUUUUCUUUUCAAACAAUUUUUUAAAAAAAAAUUUGUCAAAUUCCCACAAUUCAUUCGGUUAAAAAAAGUUUUGCUGGCCUUUGCAACAGAUGGGGCCCCCAAAAAAAAGGGGGUCCAAGGCAAAGUUUAGUUUCCCAAAAACCCACAAAGGGAGCCCGCCCAAAGGAAAGGGCACGGAAAAACCAGAUCCCUCCGGGUACCCUUACUCCCAUUUCCGGCCCCCCCCGGCCGCAAAAAAACUGGGACGUUGGAUUCAUCUUCCACCCAAAACCGGGCCCUUUCGGCCACGCCUCUUUUGCCCUCCCCAGAGAAAACAUUUUGGGGAUGGCUGCACAGUUUUUGGUGAAGGGGGGUAGACUUUUACGGACAGGUGCUUUGCUUACCUGGGGGUUGGCUCGGGUGAGUCCCCAAUUCAUCACACGUACUCACGGGAUUUCUCAAUGACAGUUUUAGGGGAAAGACACUUUUAAACGAAAUUUUUAAAACCUUUUUUUACUACACAAAAUACAUACGUGGUUGAUAAGGCCCUACUAUUUCACUGGGGGGGAAUUUUUCUAAUAAAAAUCCAAGAAUGAUGGCCCAAAACCCAAAGUUGGGCCCCCUUUAUUCAAAUACGGGAAAUGAAGAAUUUGUUCUCAAUGCGGGGGACAUUAGUCUUAAAAAGCCUUUUUUCCCCAACCCCCAUUCAAGUUCACUUUCUUGUUUUAAAGUAGAAAUUUUUUGAGGUUUACUUUUUUGGGUCUUUUCAACCUUUUUGAGGGGACUGCUAAAACCUAUUCUUUCCCCCCCCGGGGGAAGUUCCCAAUCCCAACCCAGCUUUUCCUGCCUGGGUCUCCCAUCACAUUGAAACCAAACUACAAAACUUUUGUCCCCAAUUUCCCCAAAGACAUGAAGGUAAAGGGGCCCGGGGUUACAAAAAAAAACCCCCCUUUCCCCCCCCGGGGGCCCCCCCCCCCCCUUGUUCCCCCUUCUCUCCCUCUUCCUCCCCCCCCUCCCCCCUUCUUCCCCCCCCUUUUCCCCUUUUCUUCCCCUCUCUUUUUCCCCUUCCCCUCUCUCCCUUUUUUGGUUCUCUUUCUUCCCUCUUCUUUUCCCCCCCUUCUUUCCCCCCUUUUCCUUCCUCCCUCCACCCCCUUCUCCUCUCCUCCCUUUCCUUCUCUCCACCCUUUUAAAUCUAUAGGAUAGGAAACUAAUUUUGAUGUAGGGUUUGGUUUGUUUUUUUUUUAGAACCCGCUUUGAGAUUUCUUUCUGUUAUGAAAAGCAAUAUAGAAGUUUAAUAAAUUAUUAUUAUUCUCAACACAUUUUUCAGCUCCUUUGUACCGCCAGUCCCACCUCCAAUCCCCAACUUCAUUCUCCUCCCCACCUCCGCUCCCCACUUCCCCUCCUUCCCUCCACUCCUCUCACUUGUUUUUUCACAUUCAUUUGUUCUCCCUUAUAUUCACUCUUUCCUGUCCUGCCUCCUUUUCUUAUUUAAUCCUCUCAUCUCUUCUCUUCAUUUCACUCUUUUUUCUUUCUCUUUCUACAUCUAUUUAUGGAAAUGUCUCCCCCAUUUCCCACUUUAAAUUAUUAAUUUGUUUAUUCUGAUCUCCCCUCUCUCUCCCUCUCUCUUUCUGCAUGUAGAGAACCAGAGGCACUUUGAGAAGCAGCGAUGGCCUCCAGUGUGGUUCCUGAAGGAGGAGGACCGCUACCUGCGCUCUCAGAAGGAGCGCCAGCGCGAGGAAGAGAUCCUUGGUAAGCAGCACACCAAAAGGGGCUGGUGCUUCUGGAGACACUCGUCCUCCUCGCCCCACGUCUCCUGA